AUGCUAUUCUCUAUUCCUUUGUACUUGUGCAUCGUGCAGCUCGCCAGUGCUCACAACCCUGCCUUGGGUGAUCCCAAUAUAACCCGAAUUGAGACCCGUGAUACUGACACCUUUCGCUCAGUGGCCUACUUUGUCAACUGGGGCAUUUAUGCUCGUAACUUCCAACCUCAGGAUAUUCCUGCUGAACAACUAACGCAUAUUCUUUAUGCAUUUGCUAAUGUUCAGGCUUCUGGUGACGUAGUUCUGUCUGACACCUGGGCAGACACAGACAAGCACUAUUCCACUGAUUCCUGGUCCGAUACCGGAAGCAAUAUAUACGGCUGUAUUAAGCAGCUUUUCCUACUGAAGAAGAAGAACCGAAAACUCAAAGUUCUUUUGUCGAUUGGAGGGUGGAGUUAUUCUUCCAACCUCAGAACAGCCUUCAAGACCCAGGCAGGACGGCAAAGGUUCGCUGAUAGUUCCACAGAACUGCUGAAAAACCUCGGCUUUGACGGUAUUGAUAUUGAUUUUGAAUACCCUGCGAAUGAUACCGAGGCAAGCCAGUUUGUUGAGACACUGAGCCGUCUUCGUGAGGCACUUGAUUCCUACAGCGCAGCCGAGGCUGAUAACUACCACUUUUUGAUCACCGCGGCAUCUCCAGCUGGCCCCGCAAAUUACAAAAAGGAGCAUCUCGCGAUGAUGGAUCAACAUCUUGACUUUUGGAAUCUGAUGGCUUACGAUUACGCAGGAAGCUGGGACGCCGUUGUUAGCCACGACGCCAACCUUUACUCGUCUGAUAGCAACCCAAAGAGCACCCCGUUCAACACAGACCAAGCGAUCGAGUACUACACCUCUCAUGGUGUGUCUUCCAACAAGAUUGUGAUGGGUAUGCCUCUCUACGGCAGGGCUUUCACUAACACCGCUGGUCCUGGUCAAUCCUACAAUGGCGUUGGUGUUGGUAGCUGGGACAAUGGUGUAUGGGACAAUAAAGCUCUACCCCAGCCCAGCUGCGCCGUGACAAAUUUAGAUCAGGAAGUUGCUAGCUACUGUUACAACUCUGAAUCGCGAUUGCUGGUCAGUUAUGAUACCCCUGAGAUCGCACGGAAAAAAGGAGAAUAUAUCAAAUCCAAGGGUCUUGCGGGUGGAAUGUGGUGGGAGCUCAGUGGCGACAAAUCGGGCAAUGACAGUCUUAUUGCCACGGUUGUCGAUACCAUAGGAGGCAUUGGGGUUUUGGACAAGAGCGAAAAUCAUCUUAGCUACCCUGCCUCCAAAUAUGACAAUUUGAAAGCCGGGCUUUAA